AAUUCAGUUACGCGAAAUUUCCUAUCGUAUGUUACAUUCGUCGACCCGUUGAUAUGACUCUCUUAUCGUUUAUCUGAUCCGGCCGCGUAUCUUUAUAGUUCAAGAACAACCGUGUACGUCGAAUAUUGCGUUAGACGGCUCUGAGUACAAUGGAUAUUGGAGUUGUCAAGAUUGCUGAAGACAAAGAUUUUGAAAAGUUGAAACGACUUUACGAUGACAACAAUGAUUGGAGGCUGGACUACAAUAAGCCUGAUAUAUCUGUUUGGACCAAAUCUGUUCCAGGAAUUAGUUUUCGUAUGGUGAAAAUAAGAACAAGAUUUCCUGAUGUCAUGCCUGAGACCUUGUACGACGUUCUGCACGAUCCAGAAUAUAGAAAAGUCUGGGAUACGCAUAUGAUUGAGUCGAAAGAUAUAGGCUUUUUUAAUCCUAAUAAUGAUAUUGGUUACUACUCCAUGGCUUGUCCAUCACCAUUGAAAAAUCGAGAUUUUGUACUGCAGCGGUCAUGGCUCGAUACAGGAUUGGAGCAGCUUAUUUUAAAUCACUCCGUUUUCCAUAAAGAUUACCCACCCAGGAAACAUUAUGUAAGAGCAACGUCAUAUCUCACAGGAUAUAUCGUACGACCUUCUUUAAAUGGGGAUGGUUCAGAAUUGGGGUAUGUUUCGCAUACAGAUCCUCAUGGAAAAUUACCUGUAUGGCUGGUUAACAAAGUUACGCAGAUAUUUGCACCAAAGUUAGUAAAAAAAUUGCAUAAAGCAUCAGUAGGUUAUCCAAGUUGGAAAUUACAAAAUAAUCCAAAUCUUAAACCCUGGCAUUAUCCUGAGCAAAUAACAGCACCUCGAAUACAAAUCGAAGAUUGUGUAAAGUCAUUGGAAGAAAAGAACUUGAAAAAUAAUUACGUCGACGAAUCCGAAUUAAGGGAGGCACCGAGUAAAGAAGUUUCCAUAAUGGACAGUGAUUAGCAUUUAUAAAUAAUUAUACAAGUAAGCCUUCUCGUAAAUAAGUGUUAGUACCGUUGAAUCUAGUCCAUUCGGUACAGUAUUAUAGUUCAUAAAAUAAUGUGAUCAAUUUGGUUGACACCAUCAUAAGGAGUUCUCAUAUAGUCCUAUUUGCGACUAGUUACAGUCGAUAAAAUAUCAACAUGUGACACACGUCGAGGCCUGCUUUGCAUUAGAAGCUAAUUUAGAUGUUUUUGUGAAAUCGUCGUUACACGGAGGAUGGAAAAUUUGCAUAGAUUCUUCGUGCUUCAGACAUCCCUUAAAAAAACGUGACGCACAAUAUAAAAGGUAUAUUAAAUUUUCCAAGAAUCUCUGGGUACUAUAUCCAUUAAAGUAAUAUACUUACAUAAGAGGAAGAAGAAGAGAACACACAAAAAUUGAGAUUUUAGACCGUAUUCAGAACUCGCUCUUAAAGUCACUAACAGCGUCGCUUUUAGUUAAAAGUCACUAUGAAAAAAUUUAAGAGCGCGUUAUUUGCACUAAAAGCGAGUUCUGAAUACGGGCUAUGGUGUCUACAAAUUUCGUAAAGCAACAACAGAAUUUUAUUCGAGCAGAAUAUAUGUCUUCGUAUAUAUAUACUGAUGUACCAAUUAUAUUGUGCGUUUUCGAAUCUUAUUGCUCAUCAUGAUUAGUAAUGAUAAGAGCCAAAAGAGGUUCACGGCUUAAUGCCGAUAGCUAAACACUUAUGUCAAAGAUCAGGGAAUUUUGAAAUUCGUAUUACGAAUAUACCAGCGACAUAUAGAUAUCGAACCCCCUACAUGAUAAAGCUAAAGGAAUAAAAAACAGUUCUGUACAAAGUAUUUAUAAUCGAAUAUUCUAUUUAACGGAAUGGAUAUUGCUUUCAAUCUUAAAGUUUUGAAACUUGGACAUGUUUAAAGGAAAUGAAGAGUAUAGUGUAUAACAGUCGAAAUAUAUUGAUUCACUGUGCGAUCAAAGCAUCAUGCAUGUUUCUAAUUCUGUUUCAUUUUGAUGUUCUUUAAAAUACGUAAAUAUAGCAGCAAUGUACAGGUGCUAAAAAUUUACAUAGUUUUAAUAAAUAUCUCAGACUUUUCAUUUCAGUUUCACGCGGUUUACUGUACUUCGAUUAAGCAGGGUCAAUUUCUAUAUUUACCCGGUAAACAUUGGAACACUUGGAAAAACUGUGGAUCGUUCUGAAAAUUUUGGAGAAUUUUUUAAGUAGACAAUGUUUUCCAAACAUUCCAUGUUUAACGGGUAUUUUUCUCAGAUCAAGCGCGUUUCUUAGAUCUCACUGUUCUGCGUGCAAAUUAUUAUACCUGUAUCUUGCAUCCUGGACAUUCACUACUUUAAAAUGCAUCUCUAUUUUGUAAUCAUAAUUAUGUACUAGUUUUCUGUACUUUUCUACUGCGAAUACGCAGGCCUACUUUGACUGAUACAACAGUAUAUCGCUUUUUCAAUUCUAUCGAAACUUAUUAUACUUAUAAGAAAAUAAUUAUUUCACUAUUAAGUGAUGAUAUGAUAUGAUAUAUUGGUUUAAAAAAACUGUGCACUCGUCAUUUAUUAAUGCACCAUAAACACCGUCUUAUCUACCAACGUUUCAAAUCAACAAUUUACACGCCUAUUAAAUUUUAUCUCCAUAGCGUGGACGACAAAGAAUUAUUUCUCAAGGCGUUUCUAUAUGUCGAGGUGUUAGGUUCGGCGACAUAAUAAUUAAAAUCCGAGCGUCAAUUUAAAGACAAAUAAUUAGCUUAACUCCAUUUUAUUUCAUGGCGCUAACCUCGCAGUUUCGCUGUUAUAUAAUAUUUAAGCGAGAUAAAUUGUUUAUUUACUUGCAGAAACGAAGUAGAACAUAUUUCUUCUGUCGAAUUGACUCUUCCAUAAUCGAUUCGUAUAUACCUUAUAGUACUUAAUAAUAUGUUUAUAUAACGACUCAUCUCGAUCACAAUUAAAUAUUAAGUAACGUAUACGUAUAUCAAACCCCUCUUUCGUGAGAUCAAUAUAAUCAUUGUUUCUCUACUAAUUGAAAAGUACGUAUAUGUACACAAUCUAACAGUACUACUCGACUCGUGAGCCUUAUUACUCUUGUAUUACUAUUUGCUACAUUAUUUCGCUUCCUAUAUCGUUUUCUUUCGUGUAAUCUAUAAUGGAAUGAAAUUCCGUGUUUUUUAAAUCAUUUAAGAUACGUAUUGAGAAAUUGGGCUGUGGAUACAAUAAAAACAGUUACUUGCAAUAUAGUAAAAAUCCUUUAUUCGGUUUCAUAUAAUUAUGAUGUACAGUCCUAAAGUCUAAGAGAUCCUCUUUAAAAUCCUGUAAAUAGCUUCGAAAAUUGUGUCAAGGCUCAUUAGUUGUAACGUAUAGAAAUUUUCUGUGAAUCUUUAACGUCGGAUGAAAUUUUUGGAAAUAUUUUGAUGCUUAGAAGCAGACGUUUGAGGAGUCACGUUGAAUGGUUUAGAGGUUUGCGAUGACAUUGUAUUAGCCAAUAAUACAUAUGAACUGCAUAUUCACACAUUGUAUAUAAAUAAUUAUACAUGAUACAAAUGAUUAUAAAAUUGGUUAAAAACUUU